UGUCGGUUUUUGCAAGAUAUCGUUCCAGCGUCUUUGCGUCUUUUGCAUUCAUGCAGAAUUUGCGUGAAAACGUUUUCUGUGCCUUGUCCAGAUUGCUCACAACUGUCGUCGACGGCCAUUAUCGCGUUUACUAUCGCAUUAAUUGCAGUUUUUAACGAUACUCUACUUUUUUACUGUUCUACAUUUAUGCCAAAUCAAUGAAUAUCAAUGAAUAACGAAAGUCUGCGGAGAGUGUUGCUGAUUCGCCGGCUUCGAGAGAGACAGCAGCGGAGACAGUGGGUCCGUCCCGUCCUACUGCGACGGGAGCAGUGUGGCGAGUUCCACACCCUAGUCCAGGAGCUCCGCCAGCAUGACCCAGAAGGCCACCGCCGGUAUUUUCGCAUGAGCGUGAUCGAGUUCGACGAGAUUCUGGUUAAAAUCGAACCGGCUAUCACCAAACAGACAACUCAUCUCAGAGACCCCAUUCCUGCUGCUGAACGGCUGGCGGUGACGUUGCGCUUCUUCGCGGCUGGCGGGACUAUGAAGUCGGUGGCCGAGUCCUACCGCCUGGGGUUCGCCACCAUCAGGCUCAUCAUCAUCGAGACCUGCCGCGCCAUCUGGGAGGUGAUCGGCCCGGACGUCCUGGCACCGCCCACGCCUGAGCAGUGGAGGCAACACGCGCUCGACUUCGAGCAGCACUGGCAGUUCCCGAACUGCAUAGGAGCCGUGGACGGCAAACACGUCCAGAUGGAGAAACCGAUAAAUAGCGGCUCCAUCAACUUCAAUUACAAAGGCUUUUGUAGCAUUAUACUGAUGGCUGUAGUGGAUGCGAAAUGUCGCUUCACGUACGUCAGCGUGGGCGCCAAUGGCCAAGAGAGCGACGGUGGAGUGUGGGGAGACUGCGACCUAGGUCAAAUGCUAGAAGCGCAGAGGGGUGAUGGGCGGGUGCUCCCUGGUCCGGCUCUCCUCCCUGGGUCUGCAGAGGUAGCUCCUCAUGUGAUAGUGGGAGAUGAGGCGUUCCCUCUCCGUGAACACCUGAUGAGGCCCUUCCCGGGUGCAGCGCUCACGACCGACGAACGGCGAGUUUUCAAUUACCGCCUGAGUCGCGCCCGUCGCACCAGCGAAAAUGCGUUCGGCAUCAUGGCUCAACGCUGGCGCGUGUACCGCGGCCCGAUCGCGUGCAAUGUAGCCACGACCAAGCUGAUCGUGCAGGCUACCUGCGUUCUGCACAACGUUCUGCGGCAGAAUGAGCUGGCACGGGGUGGACUGGGAGCGCACUGCACCGUGGCUCCGGCGGAGAGAGGCGAGGCUGCUGGCCUUCGCGAUGUGACGGACGCUGGCGUCAUCCACAACCACUCCCAGCAGGCAGCCAGGGUGCGCGAAACCUUCGUGCGCUACUUCAGUGGUGCUGGAAGCGUGCCCUGGCAGAUGGACAGCAUCCGCCGCUAGACAGUCGACACACAGCCGCGCCGAGUCGCGUCGAUACGACAGCCAAGACUGGGACAUGGUCACGUCCGCGGCGUCGCCAGGACAGCUGCACCAUUAUAAUCAGGAGGCCAGGGACGCAGUCGCUAGAGUGUAACAAACAUAUACGGAAGUGUCCAGGAACAUUCGUCUGAACGCAUGUCGUGGAUGACGGGGCACCUUUAAACGAGAAUCAUAGACAGAUCAUUUGUCUCAUUUGUUUUUAUUGAUAAUAGCCGUUUUCACGACGGGCUAUCCGGCGAAUGCACCUACACUGUAAAAAAAAGUUUAGCACCCAUGUCAAAAACCAGCACCCUAUACCUGCUUAUUUUAAGCAGGCUAAAUGGGUACUAAAUUUUAGCACCCU